AUGACCAUAGAAAUGCAAGAUACGGAUUUAUCCAAUGAUAAAAAGAUAUGGGCUACGCUUAUUACUAAUAGUAGAUACGUUCCUGGUGUCAUCACAUUGGAUUAUUCAUUAAAGAAAGCCAACUCUAAGUAUCGGUUGGUAGCAAUGUACACUGAACAAUUGGAUUUGGAAUCAUUGAAGGCUUUGACUUGUCGUCACAUUGCUAUUCGUAAAAUACAUCAGCUCAAGCCACCUACAGAGUCUCCUGAAUUGUCCAACGAUCCUAGAUUCAGAGACUGCUGGUCCAAGCUAUAUAUUUUCAAGCUAGUACAGUUUCAACGUAUAGUUGAAUUGGACUCAGAUAUGGUUGUCAUGCAGAAUAUGGAUGAAUUGAUGGAUAUACCACUAGAUUCUCAUACUGUCUUUGCUUCAACUCCUGCCUGUGUCUGCAAUCCCUUCAAAUUAUCUCAUUACCCUUCAGACUGGAUUCCCUCCAAUUGCUCUUUCACACAGUAUCACGAAAAAAAAAGGCUCUCACUGGAUCCUCAGGAUUCAUACUGGCAAUACAAAGGCCCCCAUGCCAGUAUGGGUCUAAAAAAAUGCAACGGGGGUCUUAUCGUGAUAGAGCCGAAUCUUGACAAUUAUAACGAGAUCUUGGCAGUUUUGGGAGAUCCAACUAGAACGGCUCUAUACCAGUUCCCUGAUCAAGAGCUUCUUGCUGACGUGUUUGAAGGCCGUUGGCUUUGUCUAUCCUAUGUUUAUAACAGUCUCAAAACAUUCACUCAGUGUCAUCCUGAUCUUUGGGACAUCAACAGAGUGAAGAAUAUCCAUUUUAUCAUCACUCCGAAGCCCUGGCAGGUACGGAGGGGAGAUUUUGAUGAUCCUACGGGUACCUUUGUCUAUUGGUGGGAUGUCAAUGAUGAAAGAAUCGCUCUGGAAAAAAAGAUCGGUAUUGUUGAUGGUUUUUCUAUACCUGUGUAA